CGCAGCGCUUCAGUUUUACACCCUCAGUCCAAAAUGACAUGAAUUUAUUUCGUCCUCAAAUAUUCACAUCAAAUAAUUGUGAUUUAAAAAAAAAAACGUAACGCUGUUAUGAUUUCUUUUGCACAUUUAUUGCAAAAUUUAAAAAAAGUUAAGAAAUCACAUGUAUUCAAGUAGUCACAGUCUUGGACAUGAAAAUGGCAGGCGCAUCAUGUUUCCACUUAUUGACUGGACAUCGUAAGGUCCAACUGGCACCGGCGUGAAGUCAAAGGAAUUGUCUCGUGGCACUUCAGUACACUGUCCAAAAAAAAAAAAAAAAGGGUGCUAAAUUUGUACCUUUAAAGGUCCAAUGACAUGUCAAUGGGGUAUUACCCUCAAGGGCACACCUUUUGCACCCUUUAAACAGUGAUGGUGAAUCUCAAUGUACGGGAAGACAAGGCAGUGGCCAAUAUGUAUGACACACACUUUUGUAGUUUAUUUCUUUUUACUGCCACGGUCAUUAAAGUAAAUAGAGAUUUUUAUUUUUUCAAUUGAAAGAAGCACUUGGCUUCUUAUAACUAUAUAAUCACCCUCACUAAAGCAUUCAUUCAACUUUGUAUCGUUUUGUUUUUUUUCCCCUGAUGAAUGUGAACGCGCGAGCAGCGUGAAGCUAACACGUGUUGCUCCAAAACAGGAUUAGCAUUUCUUAAUCCACAGCAGCAAUAAAGUAAGCCUCUUGUGUCUGUGUGCGCGUUGUCAUUAUUGUUUAUGCAUUAGAAAGUGAUUGCUGGUCAGCAUUGUGCGCUGCAGAUGUGCACACUGAAGAUAACGAGAGGAGUGUGUGCAUGUUAGAGCAGUGAUGUGUGUCGUUGGGAAGGCAUCUUCGGUGACUGUUUACAGCUCUUACUGAGUGUCUAGAGAUCAAAAGAUCCUGACUGCCGUCGCCAUGGCAACAGUGUCCCUACAAAAGCAAGAGGGUCCCUUUGACUCGCUCGACAAGCAAGAGUGCCCGAUGCAAUGUUCUGUGGACGCUUGCCUUGAUUGUGCUGUGCUUGACCAAAAGGCCCCCAGAGCAGAACCAGAAGAUAGCAAUGAAAUGUUCCAUGCAUGCAGGAAUCAAGGCCAAACCAGAGAGACGCUGACAGAAUGGGUACAAGCAAUCCAGCAGCCAAAGUCUCAUGAGGAACUUGAUGAGUUUAAUGUGUUGAUUGGACAAGGUGGUUUCCAAAGGGAUUCCUCCAGCUUGAAAGUGAAGGUUCCAGAGUGGCCCGGUGAUGACGAUAUCAACACAAACAACAACUCUUCCGACUGUCACCAGAAUGUUCAACAAUUCUCACCAUGUGAGGACGCUUCUCCAGCACUUUCUCUAAGGGCACCUGAAAGUAUUACUCAUCAAUUUCCACUUGUUUGUUCACCUACAUUUGCUGAUGAAGAAGAGGAAACAAACAUGUGCGGUUCCAAGUCCUCGUACCCGACUGUGGAUGUCAUUCCCUUAGACAGCCAGCAGGGGGAGCUACUACCCCAAGACCAACAUGAGCUUCCCCCCAAGGGAGCAAACCAGGAAACUGCUCAACAGGUGCUCGGCCAGAACUCUGCACCUUUGUCUGUCGUUGCCAUGGAGCCACCCAAUCAGGGUGGGGCACCUUCCAAAGGCUCCGUCUGUGUUGCCACAGUGAGAGAAAGGCAGGAAGACAAGGCAGGGCAAAGGACAGAAGGGGAAAGCGAAACAGGAGAGCAGUACCACUGCGGACCUGGAGGGAACAAGGUGGUUGGACGAGAGCAAGGUGAAGGACCGGUAAGAUCUUGUGAAUUAAGCCAAAUCCAGGAAGAGAAGAGAGAAAAUAACGACAGUGCUGAGGGUCCUAAACUCAUCAAAAUGGAGAGCGACUCAAGCGACGACAGCCAAAGCGACAGUGGAUUAUCGGCGGACUUCUCCCCGCGCAGUACUUCCAACAUCCCCGCAGCCUCCCAAGAAACUCGACCCAAAGAGACCCCCAUUGAAAGGGAGAUCAGACGGGCCAUUGAGCGGGAACAUAGUCUAAGAAGAUCAAGGGGGCUUCCGAAUGCAUCCCCAGAGUACGUUGAGAUCCCCCUGAUGAAAACUGUUGUCAACCAGACCGUCGCUGCCAAGUCAGAGAAAUUUCACAGCACAGACAGGGAGCUGGCAGGAAAACUCAUGCAGCAUGACAUCCACGAGGAGGUCAGCCGAGAGCAAGAUCUGGUCAAGCUGGGGAAGGUUCCUGGCUUCUACGAUAAGGGGACAGUUCGGCAACUGAAAGAGAAGAAACAGAUUUUUGAAGCCUUUCAAAAUCGCAGGGAGUCGUCUUUGAGCAUGUCCAGUGUGAGCAGCAGCAGCAGCAGUUCCAGCUCCAGUUCAGGGAGCUCCUCACAGGCGUCCACUGUGAGAAGCUCGGAAAGGAGACAGAGUACAGAGCCUGUGAGAGGUGCUUAUGCGCGUUCACCUCCAAGAGGACCUGGUUUAUCUGAGGGAAUGUCUUGCCAGGUCAUCAUUAUGGAGAACAACCCUAGUGCCCCAGGACAGAAGCUUUACCCUACCAAUGCGGAGGUAGAUGGCCUGUGCCUCGGUGUGGAUCGACAAGCUUCCUAUGUCCUCCCAUCCUGUUCAGGAGGAUAUAAUUUAGAGAUGGAAGCAGAGGAGACGUUGCCUAAGGAGAACCCCUUCUUCAAGCUGCGCUCCCUCACAAAUGGUAUUAAAGUGGAGCAGGAUAUCCGGGAGGCUCAAGAGAGGGAGAAAGAGCUCCGCAAGCAGAGAAUCAACUUGUAUGGGAGAGGAGGAGAUGGUGGGAGGCCGGUCGGCAUGGAUAGAAGAAACCUCCAAGGAUCUGUUCUGGAUUCUUCUAACUUCUCUGCCAGUGGGCGCAACAGACACACAGCAGCUCCACCAGCCCGUCAAUCUGUUGGUAAAUUCAGUGUGUGGCCCCCAGCCCAGGAUCAUGAAGACACAGUGAACCAGCAAAAGGUGGUGCAGGCCUCCCACAGUUCCAGACACAAGACUCCCUUGGUGCACCUUUGGGAGUCGGGCCUGGUCAACGGACACAACCUGCAAGAUCAAUGACGAGGAGCAAGUUAAAAAAGUGAUGAUUUUUGGAGAGCGUGUGAAUGACGAUGAGGGUGAAAGUGAGGAUAUCAGACAGGAGGAAAAAAUGACUUGAAACUAACGGCACUUGUACUCGGUAUAAUCUUAACAGAUUUAUUUUUCUUAUUAUCUCUUAUCAUCCAGAUAAAAGCAAGGGUCUGAUUGAUUAAUCGGCCGACCUUUUCAAUCAAGCUCUUUAAAAAUCAGCUGUUUUGUUUUACAUGAACACGUUGCAAAAUAAGAAAAAGAUACUUACGUUCAAACAUCCCCCCCCCACCCCCACAAAAAAAUCUGCUGAUUUUUGCCAAUUUUGCUUUUUCUGUCUGUAAUUCAUAUAUUUAAUGCUGUGUUAUGGAACCAAAUUCACGUUUUUUUUUUGUAUUCAUUAUACGGUAUGUACAUUUUUUUUCCAUUAAUCAGUGGAUUAAUCUGUUAGGGGAAUUCUAUUCGGCCAAAUCCGCAUCGGCCUCCAAAAAUACAUAUCGGUCCGGCCCUCGUAAAAACAAUCUAAACUUUUAUGUUUUUAUGAUGCCCUCCAGUACAAUAUUGAUGCAAUAAAAAACACAUUUUAGUGCUUAUGCCAGCUAGUUUUUCACUUCAAAGGUAUUUGUAGAUACACAAUCAUUGGCCUAUUUGAUUAUAUUUAAUCCAUAUUGAGUCUUUAGAAUAAUUUUCUUCCUUAUAAUUAUUGUGGUUAACGUAGCACACUGCUUCAUACUGACAGCCGUUUCGAAUUGCAGGAGUGUGUAAAGUGGAAUCCGAUUAAAAAAAAAAAGAUCUGCAUGUAAUUCACUGCCGUAUUAUUUUAUGUGAUCACCAAGUUGACAAUUUCCUAAUGAUCUUGUCGCCCAGUGGUAUGAACAAACCAGGACUUAAUCCCGGACUUUACCUAAAUGCGCUGCGCUCGGAUUACGCUGCAAUAAACUUGAUCUGGAUUUCGAAGGUGAAUUAUGAUCCAGAGUACACAUACGUGAAUAAAAGCGCCUCUGUUAGUUCACUUGCUGACACCUUCUUGAGUCAUGCAGUAAAUGUUGAACUUUGGAAUGAAACUUGAUAUUAGCCAGCAGGUUCAGGCGACUCUUCGUAUUCUAUUUUCUAAGCAGUGUUUCUCUUUGCUAUGGAUAUUAGAUUGGCGGAAAUAUUUGUUGGUAUCAUGUAAAUCCUUUUCUUAAAGUCAAGAAAUCCAUCACGGUAAUUAUCUAGAUUUGUAAGGCAACUAUUCAGUUAUUUGAAAAAAAACCUAUCAAAUCGCUGCCAAUGCACAUGAUCAAUAAUGAAAUAAUGACAGUAUAUUGAUAAGUAUCUAAAAAAAAAAAAUCUCAUCAGAGGUGUGCAACUCUCCAUUAAAAGACAAUAAAAUGUGUAUCUCGGUACACGGCGUACAAUACGAUUCAAGAAGUUUCCCGUCAAACUAAACAAAAAACUAAGAGAAUUACUCCUUGUCUUUUCAUUAUACAACCACAUAUUGUAGUUCAGCCGUUAUGUCCACUAGCAUAAUGCUAAUCCAAACACCACACUUAAAAAUAGCAUCUAUGUGGCAGCGUUUUAUAUAUAUACUGUAUAUUUUAAAUAACAAAUGUUUGAACACUCAACACAUGUAGACAGAUAACAUAACAAUACUCCCAGGCAUGCAUUCUUUAUCCUCAGCAAAGAGCAAUUAAUAUUGCUGCGGGGUUAUGAUGUCUCCUCUACCUCCCUGUAUGUCCAUGUGCCUGUAUUAUAUUCCCCCCACAUAGUCAAGACACCCACUCCAGAAGGAGCAACAUGAUGAUUGUUGAAUUGAAGCAAAAGUGGGAGAGAGAAAAAAAAGAGUUCCAUUUUUGUAAAUUUAAUUAAUUAUGCUCGUGCUAACCCAAGUACCAAGGAGUCCUGGCUGAUCCACCAAUUUUUAUAGCUUUAUAUUCUGAAGAAGGCACUCUAAGGUUGUCAUGGCAACGACAGAGAUGCUAAUCUCCUUUUUACAAGCUAGUUGCCUUAAUCGCAAGAUUGGGUAAUUGCACACUGUUGCUUCAACAGUGUCAUGGUGCUAAAAAUGCAACAAAAUGGGAUGAUGAGAUGAAGAUCACAGAAACUCUGGCCUAUUUUCUGAACAUCAUAUUUUAUGCACUGCGGUUUUCUUUUGGGUAUCGGGGCUGGUGGCAUCAAAUAGAAUAGCAGUAAAGUUGCCCAGAUUUUCUGCACAGCGAUGCAUAAAUGUCACAUGACUUUAAGGGACGUAGCUUCUCUCCAUUUGCCUUGACAAAUAAAAACAAAUACAGCAACCUAAUACUCACCAUAGUAAAACUGUCAGGUAGGCUCACAACAAAUCAACUCAGCGGUUGUUUUGUCUCAACGCGUCUCCUUAAUAUGUGUUAUGAAUAAACGAUGGGCUCAUGAAAUAAAACCAUGCCACCAUAUUUCACUUUAAGUAUGCAAUGUACCCUGUGGGUGUUUCAGUAUCAUCCACACACAUCAAAACAGAUUUUUCUCAUAUAUUUGCAUCAUAAUGCUUCGCCUGGGUGUGGGGGGUGUAUUUGGUGCAUGUUCAAGAGAAAAGAGGAUACCGAGGAUGAGAUAAAACAGCAAUGCGCGAUGGAAGACCGGCUCAUUACGGUUUUAGACUGCAAAUCAUAGAGUAAGUCAUGAUAUGACAUGAUCAAUAAUGUGACGUGGCAAUUGUGCAAUGAACACUCUUAGGAGUGGAAGUGUUAACUUGUAUCUUAUAAUCACCUACGAACUAAUAUCAAACAUCAUGCUAUCUGUAAGUGUUGCUCUGCAAGUUCAUUGCUGUGCAAGGUUGUGCGUCAGACUUUAUACUGCUAUCUGUAAGUGUUGCUAUGCAAGUUCGUUGCUGUGCAAGGUUAUGCCUCAGACUUUAACCCCUCCCAAGAAGAAAAAAAUGGUAUGCGAGGGGCCGCACCUCACUGCUUGGGGAGUCGCUCCAUCACAGAUCUGUAAAUGAUGUUUCUCCAUCAAUUGUAGUUUAAAUAAAUCUUAUCGUUGAACUAA